GGCCGACCGAGUAGACGUGUCUCGUUCUCGUCGCUCCAACGAUAAUUGAUAAUCCAAUAAAUCGCAUCAUUGUUCACAAGCCCCCCACCCAGUGCAAAUCUACAGUAAUAGUAGUGCAUCACGCAUUCACGCUCAUCGUCGUCGCCGUCGUAAGUUCGUUAAAACGGAUCGUCGCCGCAUCAGUACGUGUGUACUCACUACUAUAGUUACUACUUCAGUAGUAUAUAAUAUUACGGCACGGCGACCGGUCGUCGCGUGUAUCAUUGCACGUCCCGACGUUCGCCAUUCGGUUAUUGUUUUACUGUACAUUAUCCCAUUAUUACGAUCUGUGACGGGAAACAUUUUACAAUGUUCGCGACGUUAUAGGCACGCGCAGUGAAUAAUAAGGGUAAUCAAGGUGUAAUAUAAUAUAUUUUAUAAAAAAAAGAAACCGAAGCCAACUGCAGCGUACGAUUUUUGAUAUUAUAUCGUCACAGGUACGUACCACGUCGUUAUAGUUGUUAAAAAUACAUAAUACCACUGUACUGAAUUGCGGCUCUCUGUACACGGCGACGGUAGAUUUUUGAAUCGGGGCUGCGCGCUCCGUCGAACAAUAUAGCCAGGUAACGUCGUGCCUCCACAGCGCCCCCGUGUCGAUAACCUCAAAAAAAAAAUAAUAAUAAUAAUAAAAAGGCAGUGCGCGAAAAAGAAAAAGAAAAAGGGAAAACAAUAUAGGGGAAAAAACCGAUUUUGCCCGACUCUCGUACGAUACUAUUUAGGUCGACCGCGCGCGCGGUUGUUUGUUCGAUAAAAACGAUUUCAUCGCUCAACACCGUUCGCGUUAAGCGGUCAUCGUCGUCUCGCAUGCGUCCCGCCGUCCCCCGCAGCCGCCUACAGUGGUGGUGGUGACGACGAUCUGUCGCCUGUCCGUCCGUCCGUCCGUCCGGUGUUAUCGCUGCGCCGUUCUGAUCCCUGUUCGUCGGUGCUGGUGCAGCUCUCCCGGUCCGCGUAAAACCCCGUCCCUUAGCGUUCCGGCGUGGACGAUCCUAUGGCCGCAUCCACCGUUCCGGCGGCUUCGGUGGCCGCAUUGCUGGUAGUGAUGCUGCUGGUGGUGCUGCUGCCCCCGUCACCGGCGGCCGCAAUGUCCGGGCCGCUGCCGGUCCGGUGCGCCAAGACGGAGUUGAGUGCGUGCUACUGCGGCCGGACGACGUACGACCGACAAGAACUGUACGCAGUCAACUGCACGGGGACAGGGUUGUCCAUGCAACAGAGCCUGGACGUGUUCCUGAACCUGCCCAGCGAAACUGAGGUGCUGAUAUUCACUGGCAACUUUAUGCCCGAGUUGCCGACAAACAUAUUUGGCAUCAACAGCACCAUGGACAAACUACGAUUCCUGGACAUGUCUAACAACGGCAUACAAGAGAUCAAAGGAAAGAGUUAUCAUCACGUUUCGAAUGUUGAACGGCUGAUACUUAACAACAACAAGAUAGGAUUGAAUGGCAUUGGGUUUCAUCAUCCCAGAGUAUUUUCAAACUUUGAAAGUUUGAUAGAACUACAUCUCACUGAUGCGUUUGCUGAUGAAGGUGUUAUGAAUAUAACUGCCGACUUGCAUGAAGUAUUCCUCUACAGUAAUUUAAGUCGCUUGGCCAAACUUCAUCUUGAACAAAAUAAGAUAAGUGUCAUAACAGAACCUCUUGUUUUCUGCCCACUGCCUCGUCUCCUUGACUUACAUCUCAGCAACAAUCAACUUACAGGCAUUGAUUUUGACAUAAAGUGUAUGUCACAUUUGCGUUUUAUUGACUUGGAAGGUAAUCUUAUACGUGGACUCUCUGAAGAACAAUUCUCCAUCUUGGAUAGUAUACAGUCCAACAAUAAAUCUUUAGCCAUUGACUUGUCCAAUAACCCAUUUUCGUGUGGUUGUAAUAUUGAAAACCUAUAUAGUUGGUUGCGUACCACUAAGGUGAGUGUUCGCAACAGUGAGUCGAUAAGAUGUAACCAAAAUUUGCCAAAAAACCCUCUUGAUCCAUAUGCUGCUUAUCGCAAUGAUUGUCCAACUCCAAUACGCAAAACAUUAGUUGAUGGUAAUCAUGGUGGGCACAAAUUGGUAAUGUUGUUUGUGUUUUGUGCUGUAAUUGCAUUUUUGGGUGUUGUAGUAUAUGUAUCUAGGUUUGGGUUGAAACGAUUAAGACCUGAAUUUAAUACUUCUUCAAGAAAAAUACAUUACACAACUAUUGGAAAAUGUGAAGAACAAGAAAUACAUGUAUGAUAAUAUGACAAAUGAUUAGUGGUGUUAACAGUAUGGCAUGUGGAAAUUCCGACUCAUGCUUUAGGGAAAGACUGAUAAUCGUUUAUUUAUUUUUUUUUUUUUUAUUAUUAUUCAAUUUAAUUAAAUAAUUAAAGAGUAUAUUUAUGAAUUGUUACUCUUUUGUAUAGUUAUGUUAUGAAAAUUUUGAAUGAACAAUUUUAAAAGAAAACAUUUUAAUUUUUGAUUGAUGCAAGUUUUUUUAUUAUUUUUAUUAAUGACAUUAAGAAAAUGACUGUUAUAUAACAUAUUUAUUAUUUUUUUAAAUGAUUUUUAUUGUCGAUUUGUCAUAUAUUGUUGAUCUCUAAUAUCUCUUGUUCCUUUGAAGUAUCUCUAUUUGUAGGGUAAAAGUAUGGCCAGUCGGACUUUCCACAUCUGUUAAUACCUACUCCCCUUAGUAGCUAUAAAAAUCAUGUCGCUUUGUGUUCAUUCACGUCAUGUAUCUGUUAUAAAGGAAACUUAAAGUUGACUUUACCUAGUAUCUGAUUAAGUAUUAUGAAUUUUUAAAGAUCCUAGUGAGAUGUUACAAAAAUACACCGUCCCAAUUUGUUUUUAUUUUUUGUUGCUAAGUGUUAACAUUAUAUAAUUUUUAAAUGAAUGAGCUUUUACAUAUGUAUUUAUGUACUUACAAAAUUAUGCUAGUUAUUUUUGACUAGCACAUGUUUUCAACACACUACUAUAGUCCACUUUUCCUAAUUUUUAAUAAUUUAUUACUUUCUUAGUAUUAUAUUAAAAUUUAGAAAAUACUUAAGUUUAUGAUGUUUAGACAUAUUAUGUCAUAACGUAUAGUAAUCACUAAUCAUGGGCGCAACUAAACCUACAUUUUUUGGGGUGCUAAUAUUAUAGAUAUUGGAUUAGUGUUCUAUGGAACAUUAUUGAAAGCCAUUAAAUAUAUCUCAACUAAAAUUAUAAAAUAAAAACAAAGAAUAUGGUAUAAAUAUUUGGUAAUGCUGAAGUCGUCUUAGCAUUCCCUGGUUGCGCCUAUGUUCACAUUUCUUGUCACCAAUAUUAUUAUGUAACAUUUAUGUAGCUAUACCUUUGUUAUUUGAUUAUCUGUACUAACUUAUGCCUUAUGAAUAUUGUAUUCUUGUUAGACAAUCAAGAAACUCGAGAAAAACACCAAUGGCUUUUUCACAAUAUAUUUGCUAUAAUAAUGAUUAAUAUUUAUUUUAUAUUUGCGGUAAACCAUAAUUUUAAUAUAUUGUAUUAAACAAUGUACUCAAAUUUCAUCUCAUGUUACAUCUAUAAACAUUCUCAAGUUUCUUGAAUUACAAUAUUUAUUGUGAUUUAUGUUAUAUGUAAAUAUAAAUGCUUAGGAUAUUUAACUUAUAUUUAGAAGUAUAAUUACACAUAAUAAUUUAUUUAUCUAUACUUGGCUAAAAUUUAAUUCUUAAUUAUAUGCAAUUUACAGUGUACGUUUUUAUACCAUUGUUAAAACUUGUUUCUUAUAGAUUUAAGUAUAGCAAAGUAAAUACUUCACGUUUCUCAUUACUCUUCACUUGUAAUCAUAACUUAUACUUAACUGCUUAUUAAAUACUUAGGCAAUUGUUGACAAUCCGAAAUUGCAUAUCUUGGAUUCUUAUGGUAUUGUAAUAAUAAAAAUUAACAUCACACUGUAAACAAACCUUCAUUAAAAACUUAAAAAGAACAACAAAAUAAUGUUUAGGCAGCUUUUACUUGUCUCGUAUUAUAUGAUUGUUUUAAAGGUAACAUCAUCGGAAUAUUAAAAAUGUUUCAUAAAAAAUGAAAAAAUGAAAAAAAAAUGUUAAAUGUACUUAACAAAUUUGUUGAUGUUUUGUUUUGAAUCUCGGAUUUUAUAACGUUGUUUAUAAUGUGUAUAUAUUAUGAUGAGUUGUGAAGACGCAUUUAACACUUUGCGCUCCGUUGUCAGUUAAACGUUUUCUGACAACACCGUUUUAGCCGAGUAAAUAAAAGACUCCAAAACAUGUCAUAUCGUUUGAUUUUUCUGGCAAUUUAUCUGACGUGCAGCCGACGUAUUUUCAUUUCACAGUGUAAACCCAAGUACGCGUUGAUUGUUACUAUUAUUAAAUUAUUAUAUUGGAGCGCAAAGAGUUGAAACGUUUUUUUUUAUUAUUAUUAUUA